AUGCCUCGUGGCGCAGCGGCUCCUAGGCAGGAGCAAGUCUUCUUCUCUUCGCGGUCCGGGCACAUGAAAAUGAAGAAGUCAAAGGCCCCGGCCGUUGAAGUCUCAUCCGGGGAAUCUGCAGACGAUAAAACAUCAGAAACAUUAUCCAAACGUCGGAUUUCCACGGUCGCUUCACUACGGGCCGUUAAGGCUAUGGCCUUGCCGAAUUCUAAAGCGCAUCUACCCAGCGCCCAGCGAGAGCGUCCAGAGCCAAAGAGUAGUACUAAACUGUGGGGCGGGUUGGGUUCCCGGCUAGGUAGCGAGGAUGUAAAAAGUGCACCUAAUCCAUAUGCUAGCAAGAAAGGCUUGUUCACGGAAGGCGCUGCGAUUUCAGCUACUAUCAGCUCGAGUACUAGGCCGAGGAGUACCCACAGUCAUAGUACCGGCUUCUCAUCUGAUCCUGGGCACCACUCACAUCGACCGAGCUACCACUCCGAUCAUAGGCCAGAAAUUCACACCCGAAAUGUAGAAUCAAGGUUGUCACAUAUAUCGUCAAGAUCAAAUACUUCAGCGGAGUCGGGAUAUUGGAGUCAAUCUGGGAUUUCGGAAAGCAAAGAGAGUAGAUUCUGGGAUGAUGCGAGAAUAUCAAAUACCGUUACCAAGGAGUUUAUUGAAGACUGUUUACGAAAGGUCCCUGCGACUGAGCCCUUAAUACCGAGACUCAGUCAACCAGUCGGAUUCGGAGACGGUUUGACUGAAACGACAUACGCCGAGUGGAUUAUUUCGAGGGCGCAGAAGUUGUUUUUGAUAUUAGUAGACCUGGGGAUCCCUGAACAGAUAUUCUGGAUUACCGAUGACAGCUGGGGCGAUGACGACUUGCCGAUAUCUUUGGAGUCCAUACCCCGUUUAAAACUUAAUCGAGUCGCAGAUCCAGUUCUUGAUCGAAAAUUCCACAAGGCACAGUACAAUUACCUUCUACGAUUCCUUUAUAACGGCGCCCAUAUCGACUUUGAAGAAUUCGAGACCGUACCGCUCGACAUCAUUAAAAACUACUCUGUAUUAUUCUCGCAACCAGUAGACCAAGUUCGAUGUCCUCGAAACCCGGAUAAUUUGCUGACUAGGAAACGCUUUCCCCUCGUUGAUCGAGAUGGAAACUCUCUACUGCCUGAGUUUAUGGAGGAGGUUGAGUCAUUUCGGGUGGUUUCACACCGUCAUAUUGUCGAACUAUGGGCAUCUUAUACUUUCAAAGGACAUGGAUAUCUUCUCUUAUCGCCAGCAACCGAUUUCACACUAAGGUCAUUUCUACAUAACCCCCCAGCGGAAUUCUCGAAGAUGGCAGAGGACAGCAGGAGAUUCAAGCUAUUAGAUUGGAUGAGGUGCUUGAGCGAUGGAUUGGCUUAUCUUUACGACCAAGAAAUACCACACGGCGAUAUCAGGCCGAGAUCUAUUGUUAUCGACGGCAAGACCGGAGAAAUUUAUUUCUCAGACGUUGGCAGCCAACGACGCUUAGCAUUCACAAGGACAGCAAAUGCAAAUGAUAAUGAAAGAUACGAAUACUCCGCACCAGAGCUUUUCUUAAGGGUAGCACAAUUCAGCAUAUCCCAGUCUCCGACAGGAUUACACUUUGACGGCGGCAGAACAGGUCGACGAAUGGCAAAUCCCGCCCACCGUGAAGCUGUAGAAGGCAAGAAAAAGGUUUCUACUGCCGUUCUUCCAGCUGGUGUUGAUGACAUUGAAACAUCUCGUCGUUUCUCUCUCCAAAGUGAUGUCGCCCCCUCGUUUACCUCCUCCAACCAAGCUUGCCGCGGAACCCCAAUGUCUGGCGCUUGUUCACCACUUUCAUUUGAUGCACCGUCUCACGCCGAAAGCCACCGCACUUUCACUACCAGCCAAAAAGGUGUCUCCACGGGUGCCGUCCAAGUAGCCGAGUGGAUAUGCCGUCCUGCCGCCAAAUCAGACGUAUUUUCACUGGGAUGCAUCAUGCUCGACAUGUUAACAUUCCACUCUCAAAAGAAAAAGCUAUCAAACUUCCCGUCAGCUCGGGCACGCCACAACCGCGCUGCUGGCUCCCGAGGCGGAGGCCAACCGGAUUCUUCAUUCCACGCCAACAUCCCAGAAACAAACGAGUGGAUUAAGGAUUUACACAAGGAGGCUACGAAACGAGAUGACGAAGUAGUUGCUGCCGUACUCGUUUUGGUUUCACAAAUGCUAUCGAAGGACCCCGAGGAGAGACCUACCCCACGGGAAGUAGGUGAUACAUUAUUCAGAAUAAUGACCUUCGUCAAGGAACCCCAUUGCGAGCAAUUCGUUGAAUGGACUUCAAACAACCAUGAUAGUUUUGGAAACUGGAGUGGUUGGGAUGAUGUACACGACUAUAGUUCACCAAUACCCCCAGACGGAGUCGAUUAUGCGACGAUAUCUUCAAAAAGCGGCAAGGAGUAUGCGGAACCUCAAGAUCUACAUGGUAUCCACCAACAGAUCAGUAGACUUUCGUUCGGUACAUUUGGAGGUAGUGGAGUUAGUUUAAUGGGGAAAUCAAGGAUGCAACAUUCAAGAAACGAAAGCUCGUCAGAGCAUACGAGACCAAACUCACAGACUCCUGACAGCGGAUGGAAUAGUCGGAGCGGGAGUAGCCUGGAGGGACAAAAACUAAAAGGUUCAAACACGAAUUACUUGUAA